AGAGAUAGGGAGAUAUGUGUGUCUGUGUGUGUGAUAGAUAAAAAGAGAGACAUGCUGCGGGCUGAUUUGUAGGCUACACUUCUAAAGAAACUCCAGCUCGUAUGACCCAAGAAGCUCGCAUCACGUUAUAGUUAGAUCCGUGCGCGGCUUUGCUCGAGCUGGCAACACGGAGGCUUUUAUCCUGAUUAAGUAACGGCAGGACAAAAGAGCGAUGGGCGGCCAUACAGCACCUUACUGCCGGCAUUUGAGCAAGGAGUCAAGGGUAAUGUAACGAUAAAGGGACCGGACACCGGCUGGCUGUUUAUUUAGAAGUGUCGUCGAGCAGAAAGGAAACCUCUCCUUCCCGGAACAGAGCUUGUGCCGGAUCACACAGACCGCAAUGCGAAUGUCAAGCGAAGAGCAGCUUAAACCAGCACAACUGCACUUAACAUGGGCGAAAAUAAGAGGAAUCCGCCGCCACACAGACAGCUGAAUCAUGAGAAAUGCUCUCUGUUCCUGUUCUGAGGUAAAACGCGCUGUGACAGUGCGAUCUGGCUGUUUUCGAGUCGGUCUACUAAUCUACAGCAUUGCAUCUUCAUAUGAGACCGCGCACGCGAAAAUCUGACCGAUGAAUUAUGCACGGCGGCGCAUGAAUAAUAAACCGAGGGGUGACGCUGAGUUUCAGAGACCGGCCGGUGCGCGACUGUGUCCCACAUGACCUACUUUCUACAGCUUUAAUGCAGGAGAGAUGCAGCCGUAGCGAAAGACCUUCAGCACUUCAGCAAAACAAGCACUCUGUUUGCUCACAUGUGUGACCGUAGUCGUGUGGACCUCAGGUGACAUGAUCGUCACGUCAGAUCUAUAACCUGGAAGACUUAAAGAUUGGUCAUUGUUUUAUUGUUUAAAACGAAUCUACCACGACGACAACUUUCAAGGUUUGAUUUAAAGAAAAGGGGACAGUGGAGCCAUUUGACCUCUGCACUUAAAAAACAUACUGGAUUAUUUAUUUCUGCUGAAAUUCAGCUGCUGAUUUUUGGGAUUAAAAUUGAGCCAUGGGAUUUGCCUUUGCCAUCUGAAAUCUGCACAUGAACUCCAUAAAGGAUUAUUAACUGUGACUCUGUGAUGUCACAGUUUGCUACUCAAGCGUUCUUCAAGCAAUAAUAAUGACUACCUACAGCAUUGUUGUGCUGAAUAUAGAUGUCAUCAGUUUGAUGAAUCAAAGUCAACAAUGAUUCUAAGCUCAGGAGAUCUUUUUUAUUGUUAAUCAGUGAAUUUAUUUUUCGGUCAAUCAUGUGGUCACUGCCAUUAGUACGUCACACUGACGUUCCAGUGAGAGUGACUGAGAGCUUUAUUCUGUCUGGUUAUCGCUUCCCCAACUACAGCCUACGGCAGUGCCUAGCAUCUGCUUUUCGUCCCACCAAUGAGACUGGGAACUUCUGGACGCACUUCCUCCCCAUCUUUGUGUUCGCCUUCCACUUUAUGGAAGUGUUCACAUGGGAGAAAGUGCCAGAACCUAGCGAUCCUUUUUUCUACCCCUUCUGGAACUACUUCCUGGGGGUGUUGUACCUGCUGCUAGCCAGCAGCCUGGCUCAUCUACUCAACUCCAUGUCACUCAUCAUUCGAGAAAUUUGUUUUUUUGUGGACUACGGGACUAUCAGUGCAUAUACAGUGGGUUCCUCAUUGGCGUAUUUCUACUACAUCCAUCCUCAAGCCGGCAUACCUGAGAAUGGACCUUGUGGACACAACUCUUCUGAAAGAAAGAGCCUGAAUUCCGAUGAACAGACUUGGCCAUCUGAAUCUUCUCCCACACAGGUCCAGCUGUUCUUUGAAAGCCUCUACAUCCCAUCCACCUGUCUGGUUGCCAUCAUUUGCGUCCUCACCUGCUGCAACACCAGACAGCGUUGGAGAAAAUACCGAUACGCCGUCCGCACCCUGGUCUUCCUCCUCCCUUUUUUCGUCUCCUCCACUCCUGUCUUCUACCGCCUUCUGAGUCUCUCUUCAAACUCGACAUCGUCCUUCUCUCCUCAUCUGUCCUCUACCAUGGCUGCCUUUUUCUACCGCCACUGCUUUUGGCUGGUGGUAUCUGCUGUUUUCAAUAUCAGUAAGAUCCCAGAACGCGUUUCUCCAGGGAACUUUGAUAUCUGGGGUCACAGUCAUCAGUGGUUCCACUGCUGCACCUUCCUGUCGAUUCUGGAUGAGCUGCACAUGAUCAAGGUGGAGAUACGAGCCCUGCUUCUCAACCCAAUGCUGUUACUUCCACCUUCUACACCACCCAGGCUCCCAGGGCCAACAUUCUGGUCCACCUAUGGCAUCAUGGUGCUCCUGCAGGGGUGCAUAGCCAGCAUCAUAGCUUGGUUUGGCUGGCAGGCAUAUCAGAUCUACGCCCCAGAGCAAAAAAAGCUGAAGUGUUGUUAGGAGGCCAAGCUUUUGCUUUUUUUGAACAUUGUUAUGAUAAUGUAGACUUCUGCAGUAUGAACUCAAUCAUUUUAAAGGGAUAGGUCACCCAAAAAUGAAAGCAAAUGUUAUAUACUCGCCCUCAUUUUUGUUCUCAAACUGAUGGCUUUUUUUGUGUGAAACACAACAUAUUUGAACUGUUAUUAAUAGGACUAAUUUCAUCUUCUGAAACAGCCAUUAAGGUAGAAUGAAAUUGAUCCAGUGUGUGACCACAUGGGUGGUUAUGUUCAGUUUGUAAGACAAACAGAUCAAGUCUUAAAUAGGGAUGUCCCGAUCAGGUUUUUUUGACAGACAGUCAGAGACAUUUGAUUUUGAGCAUCUACCAAUACCGAAACCUGAUCCGAAACUAAAUACAUAAAAUGAAAUAGGUCCGAGUGUUCCUCAUUUUUGAUUUAAUUCACCUUUUGUUAACAUUCAACAACUCUGUGAACAAUCAGAGCACUUCUGUGAGGUAGCUUGAACAAUCAAGUAAUGAAUAACAUAAAUUCUUCACUUUUGGACUUUAGUGCAACAGUAAAUGUAAAAAAUUCUAAUAUAAAAACAAAUAGCACCUCAACUUAAAAUACCAAGCGGGCAAUCCCAGGUUUACAUAUCUCAAGUUCACUUAUUAAGUUUGCUCUGGCAGUGUUGCCGUGAUCAACUUUAUAAUACCUCCAGACCGCAGAUAUACUCGCACUUUCUGCUUCAAGCUGCUUCCGUGUUCUACUUUGCCGGAAGUAUAUUUAUAUUCGAGUCCUGAUCGGGAAGUAACGUCCGAUUCCUAUCAAGUCUGAAAUCACGUAAUCUGCCGUAAUUUCCAAUCUUAUCAGAUCUGGACAUCCCUAGUUUCAAAGCCAUUAUUCUAUCUAAAGUGAACAAACCAAAAAAAAAAAAAAAAAAAACUGU